GCGGCCGACAUGGACGCGACCACGGCGCCGCACCGCAUCCCCCCGGAAAUGCCCAAGUACGGGGAGGAGAACCACAUCUUCGAGCUGAUGCAGGCCAUGCUGGAGCAGCUGCUGAUCCACCAGCCCGAGGACCCCAUCCCCUUCAUGAUCGAGCACUUGCAUCGGAACAACGACCAUGUGCCGAAGAUUGUGGUAUUAGGUCCACCCGCCUCGGGGAAAACAACCAUAGCAAUGUGGCUUUCCAAACAUCUGAACAGCAAUCUCCUCACUAAGGAGAACCUAAUGGCAAGAAAGUUUUCUCCCAAUGCUGUGGAAGCCAGGAAAUACUACCAGAAAUUCAAGACGCUUCCCAACAAUAUGCUCAUCUCACUCAUCAAGGAGCGUAUGGGGGAUGACGACUGCAUUCAGAAGGGCUGGAUCCUGGAUGGUAUCCCUGAGACACGGGAGCAGGUGCUGAUGAUCCAGACCCUGGGGCUUGCGCCCAGGCACGCCAUUGUGCUGAAUGCGCCAGACACUGUCCUUAUUGAGAGAAACUUGGGGAAGAGGAUCGACCCUUUCACGGGAGAGAUCUACCACACCACCUUCGACUGGCCCUCUGAGCCUGAAAUCCAGAACCGCCUGAUUGAGCCGAAAGGCAUCUCAGAGCAGGAGACGGCUCAGAAGCUUCUGGACUAUCACAGGAACAUUGUCAGAGUCCUGCCCUCUUACCCCAAAAUCCUGAAAAACAUCAGUGCUGAUCAGCCAUGUGUGGACGUCUUCUACCAGGCACUGACCUACGUCCAAACCAACCAUCGAACCAAUGCCCCAUUCACCCCCAGGGUGCUUCUGUGUGGGCCCGUGGGCAGCGGGAAGAGCUUGCAGGCCGCCCUCCUGGCCCAGAAAUAUGGCCUCGUCAACGUGUGCUGUGGGCAGCUGCUGAAAGAAGCUGUGGCCGACAAGUCAAACCUGGGCAAUCUCAUCCAGCCCUACUUUGACAAGGAGAUCACAGUCCCUGACAGUCUGGUGGUGAAGGUGCUGACGGGCCGCCUGGAGAAGCAGGACUGCCUUCAGAAAGGGUGGGUGCUGCAUGACUUCCCGAGAGACCUCGACCAGGCCCAGCUGCUGUGCACCAAGGGCUUCAGUCCUAACAGGGUGUUUUUCCUGAAUGUGCCAUUAGAUUCCAUCCUGGAGCGGCUGACUCUGCGGAGGAUUGAUCCAGUCACAGGAGAGAGGUUCCACCUCAUGUACAAGCCCCCGCCCACCAUGGAGGUACAGGCUCGGCUCCUGCAGAACCCCAAGGACGCCGAGGACCAGGUCAAGCUGGCCAUGGACCUGUUCUACCGCAACUCCGCCGAGCUGGAGGAGUUCUACAAGCAGUCCAUCACCCUCAACGGGGACCAGGAUCCCUACACCGUCUUCGAGUACAUAGAGAGUGGGGUCAUCAACCCCCUGCCUGAGAAAGUGUCCUGAGCCCCUGCCACAGCGGCCACAGCGGGGGGGGGGGCGGUCAGCAAAGGCUCCUUCACGAACC